AUGCCUCAGCUCAAGUCGAACCUCGGAAAAGACAACGUUACAACACCGCCUUGCCAAGAGAAAUGGAACUGGUCACCAAGCGCUGGAAAGUCGGAAAUGAAAUCGGAUCCAGUGCCAGUCUGGGAAUUGAACGACGGUGGACAGUUUGUCACCAUCCGAUUGAUGAACCGAGCGCGAGUUCUUUACGAAAACGACAAGCGAUACGAGAGACCCGGAAUCGACAGACCCAACACUUACUCUUACUACGUUGGUUUCGAUAGCUGGGAAAUGAGACCUGCGUUCUUCGACGCCACCAGGACCACAUACAACUCCAAUAUUGCCGACCAAAACGACAGCUACGAAAACCGAGGUUUCAAACAAGCCAGCAGUGAAAGAAGAGCCAGGUGCAUUGUCCCACCUUGUGACAUCCUUCGUACGGGAGCAUUGUCUCAUAUCAAAGCUCGGCGCCAUGUUGGACGAGAAUCGGGCGGAACAGAAGCUACCGCGUGCGAAAAAUUCCUCGAACGGCAAAACCAGGCUUUGAAAGCUGGCCUCCCAUGUCCAGUUUUGGUCGAACGCCCAGAUUUGCCGACGGACUAUGCUGUCCUCGAAAAGAUGAAGCCCGACAACUGGAUGUACUUCCGCAUGAUGAUGCCAAAAAUUGGUCGUCUGAACGUCCCGAAGGAGCUUGGCGAAGCAGUCUUCCAAUUUCAGUCGAAAAAGAAAUACUGUCUCGACCUCCUCUCGCUCAACCUGGCCAUCUCCAUGUGCAUUGUAUGGCAUCGAUACACGACUGAUCCGCAUCACGGUGCGGAACUGGAAGCUUUCAACAACCCCAACCCCAAAGCAGGCCUAGAGAAAAAGGUCACCGUACCACCGUUAGCUUCCUUCCUUCUCUAUGCGCCUCACUUCUUUCGCUUCCACGAGUACUACGGGCUCUCUGCGUACAUGCAUAUUUUCAGAUAUGUUCAACAUAUGCAUUCCAGAGACGUAAAGCUGAGUGCUCAGUUCCGGAUCAAUAGGAAGGGCAUCGACGAAAGCUUGGUGAAGCGUGUUGUUUCGCAAAUGAAUCUGCAGCACGACGAUUGGAUCGAAAUCGUUCCACCCUCGUGGCAUGGGUCUCGACUAACCAUGCCAGCGAAUCACGGACCUCGAGCAUUGCAGUCCGACGAGACCACCGCCGCGCUUUUGCUGGACGACAUCAACACUCUGGGUUUCUACAACUACACCAACGCAGACAGCUACAGCUUUCCUCGUGGACAUGAGUCUCAUGGGAAGGUAUGGACGACAAGAGACCUUCAGAUACACGUUGACUGGGUGCCACAGCAUGUAUGUUCCGUCGCUGCAUGGCGUUACUUGGACGAAACGCCUACCAGUCCUAGCAAGAAUUUCGGAUCUCUGGUGUACGUGAAUGGCACGUCCUAUCUUCCUCACGGCGCCCUAGAUGCGUGGAACGAAAACUUCAAAAUCACACAUCUGUGGACUGCGCCCAAGACUGCAGUCCGGAGGCCGUGGAAGGAUUGUGUGAAGAUUGCGAGCUGGGAGGGGCAACCAUCCGACCUUUCCUCAGACGGCGAGUCAUUCGAUGAAUUGGCAGAAGAAGAGCACAGAAGUGAUGGGGCCGAGGAUACAGACAUGAUUCCCGUCGGCCCGCAAGACUUUCGAGCAGAUGAACCUGCAAGAGAGCUACUUGGUGACGAGGAGCCUGGUAUGGACGAGCACGAGCACGAACAGCUGGGAGGAGAGGAAACUGAAAGCGGCCACAGCGAUGGCCAACAAAACGCCGUCAGCUCAGCCGUCCGCAACAUUGAAGAUGUGGACGAAAUUGGAGACAUAGUUCUCGAAGGGGACGAGAAUCCUCGCAGAAGACGUUCCGACCGCACCAUACAACCGGCUGCUGUGCGUGACGCGACCGCUCAAACUGACCUCAUCAGCGACAAAGAUCGACGCAUUCUUCGAAGACUACUCAUGGAAGACUUAGCGGACGACAAACAUUUUCGUCAAAUCUCUCUGAAUGACUUCAUGGCUUACAGAACAGAGUCAACAGAAGAUUUCCAAAAUGGCCGCAUUUGCUCUGUUUUGGUCAACAACGCAUCCGCACAGACUGAUUAUGCCAUGUUACCCAGCACAGCCCCUGAGAGCUGGACAGGUUUCCGAAUGCUUAUGCCAAAGCUGGCGAACAUCGUCAUACCGCAGGACUUCACGAAUGAGGUUGCAGGCUUUCUCGAGAAGUACAACAAGGACCUUGUGGAGCUAACUUUCGCUGUAUCGAUGGCCUUAGUCUGGGCCAGGCUGUCUUUAGCCCCAGGACACCAGCCGGAGCUGUGUACGAUCAAGCCGGGAACGGAUCCCUCGGAUGGCCAGGCCAAAAAGACCGUACCGCCGCCUUCGCUUGCCGUAUUCAUUCUGUACUCGCCGCACUUCUUCAGACUUCACGAAGACAACAGCCUGGCUGUUUACGGCCAUAUCUUCCGAUUCGCUUCAUCAACCUACGCCCGAGAUUCGGCAUACAACGAAGCUUUUCGAAUCACAGCAAGCGAUAUCGAUGAAAAGAAAAUCCUCGAGCUGUUCUCAACUUUGAAUUUGGAGGAUGUAGAUUGGAUGGAGAUCGUGCCGCCCUCCUUUGAAGGAUCGACACUGCCCAUGCCAACGAACCGUGGAUGCCGAGCUCCCAGGGGCGAAUCAACGACCGCCAGCCUAAUGCUCCCCGACAUCCACUCGAUCGGGCUGCCAGACUACCGGAACGAGAUGAAAAAGAACUGCGGACUGGUAAUCCGCGAUGUUGUUGUCCACAAGACUUGGGCCACUCCUUCCGUCGUCAAUGAGCGAUCUUGGGCCCAGAAUUACAGCGGCCCAGCCUACUUCACAAACAACGCUUUGAAGCGUUACCUCGCAGACGGAGGUCCGCAGCUUUGGUCUGCUCCCAGAACGGCUGUUCGCGCGCCAUGGCGCGAUGCUAUCAGAUCUACGUACAACAGCAGCACAGGCCAGUUACGAACACCUUCCACCACGCCCACACCCAAUCACGGUCACGAGCAGAGACUGAAGCAGGAGUCCACGCAACCGGAGCAACCGCUGUCGCCUGAAGUGCCAGAACAGCCUGCCGUGGAAUUCUCCAAGCAACUCGUUAUCCAGUUUAGGAUCGCGCAAGAGAAGGGUUUCAUAACCCCAAAUGUGCGUCUCGAGGACACUGGACUGGUCUGGGAGGGCAUUGAAAACGAAAUCGAGUCAACCAAGACUUUACUUCCGGCAAUCAGCCUUAGCCAAUUAGUCGCAGCCGACGCUGCGGCUCAGGCAGAUCUCCUCCUCCAACGAGACAAAGCCAUUCUGCAACGGUUGGUGGUAGACCUGGAGAAUUCGAACAAUGUUCCUCGAUGUAUGAUGUCUUUCAAGCUCGCCAUCUACCCACUCCAUGAGCACACCACGAGAUCAAGAAUUGUCGAGCUCAUCCAGGAUACCGGUCAACCAUUGGAGGCGGCUAUGAACAGGUUAGCUCAAUACUGUCAGGGAGAUCAGCAAGGCGAAGCCGCGUUCAUAAGACACAUCAUCAAGCCAUGCUGUGUGCUGCUAGACAUCGACUAUCCCGGCACUCUUGGUGAGGGACACCGUGCUAUCAUCCAGAACGAUUUGGACGUUGGAAUGGCGAUCAGCAACAUCACAUACCUCGGUAUGCUUCCGAACACGGGCAGUCUGCAUGACGCCGUCCGAAAGUUGCAGCACGCAAACAAGUUUGCCUCCAUUUGGCGGUUUCUCUUCAAAGAUCGACUGAUGGGAAUCGAUUUUGACGACAGACGAAAGGCGUUGUGGGCAAAAGCCUUCGGAGAGCCGUAUGAUGACGGCGAAGAGAGAGCCCAUGGUUGA